GAGCUGAGGAGACAGAGUGAGAGGCUGUGUUUCAGCAUGCGCGUGUGGUGUGUGCAUGUAUGUGUGUGAACCAAAGAAGGGGAGCUGUUUUCUAGCAUGCAUGCGUGUGUGUUUAUGUGCGUGCUUCCACCUUAUUGUAAACGCACUCCUGAGAGAGAGAGAGAGUCAUGUGUAUACAAUGUGUCAGAGGGGGUGAAAUCAAGCUGACUGCAUGAAAUCUGUGAGACUCAAACACAGUGUUUGUUCUCUGUGUCCAGCGAGAGACAGAUCCUAGGAGAAUGAGAAGUAGUAAAAUGUGUUGUGUGGAUACUUCACUAAGGAUUGACAGGAUGUCUUCAUCUGAGAAUCUUUUUGAAUUGCACACACUAUAGAAGACAAACAGGAUGUGGGCAGGUGUGUUCUCUUCGCUUAACCGUUUUUAGUCUUCUGGAAGUGCCCGUGACACGUCAUAUUGAAGCAAGGACAAUCACAUUUAACCACUCAGGAGUUUCAGGAAACAACUAGAAAACUAUCAGGCCCCUGCAACGUUCUCUGCUCUGAAAACGAAUCUUUAAAUGCAGAAGCUCAGUGCUGAGAGAGAAUCGCUUGGAUUGGAACUCCCUCCGUGUUCACAAGCGCACACACUCACACACAAACAUACACAUGCACACAGAGACUUCCCUGUUCCGUUUCUGCUGAGGCACAGAUUGAAGGACUGAAAAGAGUGAAAAGAUUUUUCUUUAGUAGCUCAGUAUGAACUCAAGACCGAACAUGGAAAUAUAAAUCAUUUUGCAAAAUAAAAACACCAAUACGGAAUUAGAGGAAUUUCUUUGUGAAGAGGAACAAAAUCUGUACGUGAUCGUCUCAGACUUUGAGCUACUGUGAACAAGUCAACAGGAGCGCUACACCAGCAAAGGAGACCAUGACAUCACAUGGAAAACUGAGGAAGGAAAAGGGGAGUCUGGCGGAGUAUGAGACUCAAAUCAAAGAGGUGCGUGGUCAGCUAUCGGAGCAGCUCAAAAUCCUAGACGCGCAGGUGGAGGUCAAGACACAGCAGCUGCAGGAUCUAAGCGAGUACCUGCGCAGACGGGGGGAGAUUGAGGCAGAAUAUGCCCGUUCUCUGGAGAAACUCAGCGAGAAGUUCACAGUGAAGACCAAGAGGAAGGAGCAGUUAGACCUGUCGGUGGCGCAGUGCUGGUCUGUUCUGCUGACCCAGACCAGGCAGGAGAGUAAAGAUCACAGUUCACUGAGCGAGCUCUGUGGCAACACACUCACGCAGCGGCUUUCACACUGCAUAGAGGACACACACCGCCUGGCAAAGCGGAGCAAGGAGGUGGGACUCCAGAUGCAGGAUGAGCUUUUGAAAGUCACCACAGAGCUGCAGACGGCUUUGAAAACUUAUCAUCAGUACCACAUCGACUGUCUGGCUGCUGAAGGAAAGCUCAAAGAGGCCACCCGACUGGAGGAGAAACAGACGGGCAAGUCAGCUGAUUUUGGGCUCAGCCAAUCAGGGGGGCAGAGGCGCAGCUCUGUGAAAAAAAUGGAGAGACUGAUGGAGAAGAGACAAGGGAAAGUACAGGAAACCCAGCUGAAAUGCACUAAAGCUCGUAACGACUACUUGCUCAACUUGGCAGCAGCUAAUGCCUCUAUGAAUAAGUACUAUCUGCAGGACAUUUGCACUCUGAUUGAUUGCACAGAUCUGGGGUACCACCUAUCUGUGUCUCGGGUUAUCCGCGGAUACCUCUCCAACAGAAACCGAGCCCUCCAGAAUAUGAAAAAUGGCCUUCAGCAGCUAGACUCAGCAGUGACUGGACUCAACCAGAGCCAAGAUAGAGAUGCUCUGCUUCAGGCCCACAACACAGCAUUCUGUCUGCCCUUCCGCUUUCUGUACCAGCCCCAUGAAGGAGACCAGGUGUGUGAGGUGAGCGCAGAAGGGCAGGUGAGGUAUGAGCUUGAGACCAGAUUCCAGCAGCUUCAGUCCAGACUGGCAUCUGUUACCUUGGAAACUGAUGAGGUCAGUAAGACACUUAAGGCAACACACUCAAACCUUCUGGAGAGCGUCUGUGAUGAUGAUUGCAAUCCCACACCGGACGCCUCCGCCACCCCAUCAGUGGAGAGCACAGGUGACGGAACAGGAGCCAAACCCAGCCUCGCCAAACGCAGAGCCAAUCAACAGGACACAGAGACCUUCUACUUCACAAAAGUGAAAGAGCAUGUAAGCGGCAGCUCUCUGAUCUCGAAACUCGAAGCCAAGCAUGACCUACUUAAAGAGGCCAUACAGAAAGCUGAGGCCAUUGAUAGUGAUCCCUCCAGAAUGCAGCCUGGUAGGGCAGUGCGUGUGCGGAAAGCCAGGCCCUGCUCCCAGUACAACCACAAACUCUUCUCUGGAGACAUGCUCUCCUUCAUUCAGAGCUCUGGACAACAGAUCCCCCUGGUGGUGGAGAGCUGCAUUCGCUUCAUCAACCUGCACGGUCUGCAUCAUGAAGGCAUUUUUAGAGUUCCUGGAUCGCAGACUGAAGUCAAUCUUAUCAGGGAUUCCUUUGAAAGAGGAGAGGACCCGCUCACCGACAGUGAGAGUGACAUUGAUUCAGUGGCAGGGGUUCUGAAGUUGUAUUUCAGAGGUCUAGAAAAAGCUCUUUUCCCCGAGGAGAGUUUUAGCCAGCUCAUGGAGUGUGUCCAGAUGGAGAACAUGACAGAAAAAGUAGUGCAGAUAAAGACGGUAGUCUCGUCCUUCCCCAGACCCGUCGUCAUAGUAAUGCGUUAUCUCUUCGCCUUCCUUCAUCAUGUCUCUCAGUACAGUGAUGAGAACAUGAUGCAGCCAUAUAACCUGGCUGUGUGCUUCGGCCCCAGUCUGCUCAGAGGGGUGGAGAUGGGUGGUGAUGAAGUGACCCUGGCACCUCAGAUCAAUGACCUUGUCAAGACCAUGAUCCUCCAUCAUGAGAGCAUUUUCCCAGGGCCAUCCGAACUCCCAGGCCCUGUCUAUGAGAAAUGCAUGACUCUGGAGCAGGAGUACUGUGAACCCAUCACAGAGGAGGGCGAGGGAGAAGCUGAACAUCUUCCUAGUGAAGAUGAGUGCGAGGCUGUGGCCAUGUUUGAUUAUGUUGCACGCUCUGCAGCCGAGCUGUCAUUCAAGCAGGGUGACCACCUCCUACUACACAGCAAGGCCUCACCUGAUUGGUGGAGAGGGGAACUAGGAGGAAUGAGAGGCCUGAUCCCCCAUAAGUACAUCAGUAUGGUAGAGGGGGCGGAGCGUAAGGAACGAGGGAAAAAGGAGGACAGCAGAGGGGGAAGUACAGGAAACCUUGCAGAAGAACAGCAGCAGUCUGAACACGGCACACGGAUGAGAGUGAACAGUGACAGCGCUUCUUUGCCCUGCCGGCAGAGGACGGGCAGCGGAGGCAGCAGUAUAGUUGGAGGCAGCAGUGGGAAUGUGAGCCCCAUACGGAAGCUCACUCUGCAGGUGCCCGAGGGACGUCUCAUCCUUCCUCCUCAGUCAACUGCAGUUGGACGUCAAUUCUCAGGUCAUCAAGAGCGCAGGCACACUUUGGACAGUCUGAGGCCAGUAGGAGGAGCAGCAGAGAGACAGACAGUACAUAUCGACAAGGAGGUCAGUCGCCAGAUGAACUCAGUGUUUAAGGAGCUGUUGUCCCGUCAACCUCCUCUGGAAGUCUCGGGUUCGAGCGUUCCUCCCUCCUCUCCCCCUGCAUCUGUCCCUUCGGUUCCCUCCGCUGCUGCUCGACCUCCGGUGAAGAAGGGAGGCUUUGGCCUGCGCAGCAGAGGCCUCUUCAAACCCCAAGACCAACAGGACUGAGGGAGAGGAAGAGAUGAAAUAUGAAUGAAUCUGAGUAUGAGUGUUGGGGGAACAGCAAACUCAUCACAGAUAUGAAUAUAUUUUUCCAGACAUACAAUAUAUGGUUCUCUUUACGCCUUAUUAACUAAACUGUAUUCAAAAAGAUUUCCAUUGACGGUAACUGAUUAUGGUUUUGUUUCGUGUGAGACCAAGUCAUUGAUCCUAUUAUUGGUUGUAUUCGUGUUUUACUAGCUUUGGCAACAGUUAAUCUGGUACUCGGUCAAGAAUUUCCUACUUCCCGUCUAAUCAUUCAUCGCAGUGAUGUCCAAUGUGUCUGCCGUUUUUGACUGUAGUGUAGGCUGUGUUCUUUUGGAGAAACAUAACUAUCUGCUGAUGAUUUAUUCUUGGAUUCCCUCAAAGCACAUAGAUUCUGAUCGGUAAGUGAAUUGUGGGAAUGACGUCCAUGACAGACAGAGUCCACACUGAUAUUUUAGAUAUAGACGAGUCACCCUGAAUGUAGCAAGAGAUUUAUGAAGGCCAAUGUUACAUUCAGAUGUUUGCGAACCUAGAGUUCUACUUCAUUAUUGGAGUUUUUCUUAUUCAGUUUUAAAUGUUUUUUUGCUGCUUUUUGAUAUUAUGCAUUGCUCAAGUAGUUCAAGGUACAACAUGAUGAAUAUUAACUUUUUUUUUUUUUUUUUUUUUUUUUUAGAAGAUUAAUUUAGUUUUUUUUUUUUGGUAUCAUUUGCUAUUUAAAUUUUGUUUGAUUUUUUUUUUUUUUUUUUUUAACAUUUAAUUGCAUUACGUUUUUUACAAUUAUUUGCAUUACAAUGGAUUAUUCUUUAAAAAGCAUUCAGUCGUAAAGGAACCAGCACAUAUGCAUGCAAUGUGCUGGGAUGGUCUCGCGUGGGAACAGGUGGGACGGCCAAAAUAAGCACAGCUCUGUAGCCUUUUUUAUCCCGUCGGCUCCAUAUGAAAACUGAAAAGACAACUGUGAAGAUAAGUGCCACCAAACACUCAGAACAGCUCAGGAACUGUCCAACAGAGAAGUGACUGGAGAAAAUAUCAAACUGUGAAAAGGCACAUGUAGUCACAGGAAGUACAAUGGCACUCACUUCCUUUUCGCUGCACAUUAAUGCCUCUGGUUACUGGUCUCCCUAGACUUCCACCCCGUCACCCAUGCCUUCCCUUUAGCAGUGUGUUUCUCUAGUAGAUGAUGUCAUCAAUGAUAUGUGGAUUACAAUAUUAUCAAAAUAAAUUAUAGAUUCUAAAAUA